UGGACUAGAGCUGUAGGGGAGACAGGCUCUGGGGGAGGAAGGGUGGAGCGAGUGGGAGACUGAUUCUGGGCCAGGCAACUUGAAGGCGCAUGGAGGAGGGACAUGGUAAGAUAUGAAAAAUCUGCCUUUGUGGAUCUCCACGGCAGACAUGUUCAGUCUCUCCCCAGGCGCGUGAGUGGCUAAUGCUCUCUAGAGUUGGAAUGUGCGAGCUGAGCAAGGGAUUUUUCUGGCUUGGCCGUGGCGCAGCCCCGUGUGAUCUCUCUGGCUCAGCUGCUCUCUGCAUCUGGGACAGCCGGCUGGCGUGAUGGCUUCGGCCGAGCAAUCCCCUGUGCCCCUCCAACACCACAACCUCUGCAGCCGCAUCAUCCUCCUGGCCAGGAAGAUCCGCUCCGACGUGGCCAGCCUCCUGGAGUCCUAUGUGGAGAGGCAGGGGCUGGACAGGACCAUCAGCCUGGACUCGGUGGAUGGCGUGCCAGUUGCGGCCGUGGAGCAAGGGGGCGAGCUGACGGUGGCCGAGCAGUUGGGCGCCAACCUGCAGGCGUACCGGGCAUUCCAGGCACUGCUGGGCGAGGUCCUGGAAGAGCAGAGGUCUCACCUGACCCCGCUGGACACGGACUUCCACGCCUCCAUCCAGGCCGUCCUGCUGCAGGUGGCGGCCCUGGCCUACCAGCUGGAGGAGCUGCUGGCAUUGCUGGGCCACAGCAGGCCCGCCUGGGAGGCAGCCGGCCCCGAGGCCCCGGGCCGUCACAGCUUGUUCGAGAUGAAGCUGCGGGGGCUGAAGGUGCUGCAGGAGCUGGCUCACUGGACUGUGCGGUCCGUGCGAGACCUGCGCCAGGUUGCCAUGCACAGCCAGGGCUCUGGCACUGCCCAUGGGGGCCAGGCCCAGAAGGAAUGAGGCCGCCUGCCACUGGGACAGAUGGGGCCUCCCCAUCCCCCCUCCCUUCAGCAAGCCAGGAGCUGGGGUGGGGGAGGGUGCUCUCCCACCCAAGGGUCGGGUCUAGGCUCUGGGGUGGCUCAGCAGAGGGCAGGGGGGUUGAGGGAAGGUGGGGGAAGGGUACCUGUGUGGCGAGAGGGGGACAGGAGGCGGCUCCCGACUCCCAAUUCUCGGCUUAGAAGCUGAUGGCCCCACUUGUUUGCUGUGGGGAGGGAGCUGUGAAGCGGCUGGAGCCCAGAGUAGCUCCUGAGGGGUGGGGGCAGGGGCUGCCCUGGUGGGAAAAGGAGGCAGGGCAGCUGCAGGGAUCCCCCACAUGUCCCAGCCCGGGUCCCCCUCUUCUCUCUCCCACUGAGCUGCCGCCCUCUGCCCCACGGCUGAUCCCUAGCACUGGGGAGGUGGGCAUGAGCAGACAGGAGUG